AGAAAGAAGAAGUAAAAGAGAAUUAUGAUAUAAAACAUGGUAUAAAAUCAGAAUGUAAAGUUGUUUUGAAAAAAUUGAAAUUUGAAGUAAAGAGAGAAGAUUGUAAAGAAGUUGUUCAUCUCCCAGAUGAUAAUGAAAACGUAUUAAUAAAUAUUAAAAAAGAACCAAUUUCUACUAACAACACAAACGCAUCCACUAUUUGGAAUCAUUCUGGUUAUAAAAUCGAAAGAGAAAUUAAGAAAGAAGUAAAAGAGAAUUGGGAUGUAAAACACGGUAUAAAAUCAGAAUGUAAAGUUGAUUUGAAAAAAUUGAAGAUUGAAGUAAAGACUGAAGAUUAUAAAGAUGUUCUUCCAGAUGAUGAUGAACGCGUUUUGACAACACCACCAAAGUUUUAAAACGUUGCCGGAAAAGUUGAACAGCUCGUUACUGGUUUAUAUCAUAAGUGAUUAUUAGUGUUUGUCAUGUAUUAUUUGUGUAUUGUUUAGCCUGUCAACAGUGAAUACUUCACUCCAAACGAAAAAUUUAACGAGGAUGAAAUGAACAUCCAAAUUGAGGAGGAAGAGGAAAUUAAGGAAUACGAUAUCCAGCAGAAUUCAGAAAUAGAAAAACAAUUUAAAUAUAAUAUUAAAAUAAGCAAAUACGUUUCUUCCAGUAGGAAAUGCAAUAAAAUUCACGACAAGAUUAAAAGGAAAUACUUCAAGGUUAUGUUUGCAUCUUAUUCUAGAAAAGAAUUUACGUGUGAUUUAUGUCAACAGACUUUUACAAAUAAGAGAAUAUUGCAAACACAUCUGUUCUGUCAUAUUGGAAAAAAACCAUUUUGCUGCACAACCUGCAAUAAGAAGUUUUUGUGGCAAUUUCUUUUGCGAAGACACAUGAAAAAACACAAAACUGGAAAUCAAAAUAAAAACUCUCAUAGGAAUGUACGUUUGCAGCCACCUGGAAUUCGAGUGAAGUCAUCUCUAAGAAAUGAUAAAAAAUCUAAUAUCAAGACCAAAAACGUGUAUUGCGACAUUUGUGGUAAGCUCAUUCGAUUUGGUAAGAAGGGUUUGGAAAGACACAAGAAAAUACACAGAACUCAUGCCUGCAAAAUAUGUGGAAAAGAAUUUAAGUCGAAUUGCAUGUUGUUACGCCAUGGAGCACGACAUAGUGAAGAUCGUCCUUUCAAAUGCGAUAUUUGUAAUAAGGGUUUUAAGUUGAGAAGACUAUUAAGAAGGCAUGAAAAAAAUCAUAGUGAAGAACGUCCUUUCAAAUGCGAUAUUUGUAAUAAGGGUUUCAGACGAAAAGAGGAACUAAAAUUGCAUAAAGAAACUCACAAUGAAGAACGUCCUUUUAAAUGCGAUAUUUGUGAUAAGGAUUUUAAACGGAAACUGGCACUAAAAUUGCAUAAAGUAACUCAUAGUGAAGAAUGUCCUUUCAAAUGCGAAAUUUGUAAUAAGGGGCUUAAAAGCAAUGCGCGACUAAAAAGACAUAAAGAAACUCAUAGUGAAGAACGUCCUUUCAAAUGCGAUAUUUGUAAUAAGGGUUACAAAUGGAAAGGGCAACUGAAACUCCAUCAAUUUAAUCAUAGUGAAGAACGUCCUUUUAAAUGCAAUAGUUGUAAUAAGGGUUUUAAACUAAAAGUUCAACUAAAAAGGCAUCAAGUAACUCAUAGUGAAGAACGUCCUUUCAAAUGCGAUAUUUGUAAUAAGGGUUUCCAACGGAAAGAGCAGCUAAAAAGCCAUGGAUAUAAUCAUAGUGAAGAACGUCCUUUCAAAUGCGAUAGUUGUAAUAAGGGUUUCAUACGGAAAGAGCAACUAAAAAGGCAUCAAUUAACUCAUAGUGAAGAACGUCCUUUCAAAUGCGAUAUUUGUAAUAAGGGUUUCCAACGGAAAGAGCAGCUAAAAAGCCAUGGAUAUAAUCAUAGUGAAGAACGUCCUUUCAAAUGCGAUAUUUGUAAUAAGGGUUUCCAACGGAAAGAGCAGCUAAAAAACCAUGGAUAUAAUCAUAGUGAAGAACGUCCUUUCAAAUGCGAUAUUUGUAAUAAAGGUUUUAAACGGAAAGACCGACUUAAAAAUCAUCAAACAAGUCACAGUGAAGAACGUAAGUAUUCUUUUCGGGUAUGUAGCAAAAGGUUUAAAACAAAAAAAAAUGUUUGAUAGCUCAUAAAAUCGUUUAUAAUGAGAAAUUCAACCAUUUUUAUGAUAUAUGUAACAAAUAUUUUAAAACAAAACAGUAUUUGGCAUCACGAAAUAGUUAAUAAUCAAUUUGACCAUACUUCUUAAGUACGUUAUUAAAGUUUUAAAUGCAGUUGUAGUUUAAAACGGCAUAUUUUUAUACACAGCAAUGAAUACUAAUAUUUUUGUCAUAUGUGUAACAAAUAUUUUAAGACAAUAGGUUUCUUGGGACAGCGUAAAAUUAUUCAUAUCGAUACAAUAAUGUAUGUUUGUGACAUGUAGAAAAUGUUAUAACAAUACAACUGUUUUAAACCAGACAUUGUAAUAUUAAACGUAAAAGAAAGGAAGUUUGUAUACAAUAUUUGUAACAAGCUAUUAAAAUUAAAUACACAAAACGUUCGAAAAUUCUCAUCGGAAAGUGUAAUAUGUGUAAUAGAAAUAGACGAUGAAGACACUCUUUCUUUACGGUUGUGAAAUGUGUAACAAAGGUUUUUAUAUUAAAAGAUUUUUAUUAAGCCAUCAACUCGUUUAUCAGAAUCAUUCGUAAUUUAGAGGCGAUUAUAAAAGGAAAUUUAAAACAGAAAGUAAACUGAAAUUGCAUUUAAAAUUUACUUGUUUAGAAAUACACCUCAAUUACCUUAUCAACGUAAUAUAUGUGAAAGGACUUUUACGUGUA